UAAUAUUAAUACAUAACCUCACAAAAUUAAUAAACAAAAUACAAAAAGACAGACUAAUAAAAAAGAUCUGUACCCCUCUUAUGGCAUUAUUCUACCACCAAAUCAAACUAUUUCAUAAAUUCAGUCGCCUAAUACAUCAGAACGUUUUCAGAUACAAGCAUGUUAUACUAGGUAUCGAAACCUCCUGUGACGACACUGGCUGUGCUAUAGUUGAUACAGAAGGCAAUUUGCUUGGCGAAGCCCUUCAUUCUCAACAUUUAGUUCAUUUAAACAAUGGGGGAAUUAUUCCACCAUUGGCGGGAGAUUUACAUAGGCAAAAUAUUGAGAGUGUAGUAAAAAAGGCACUUGAUCAUGCUCAAAUGAGGAUGGAAGAUGUGGAUGCUGUCGCAACCACAAUUAAACCUGGCUUACCUCUGUCACUGACAAUUGGCACCAAGUAUGGCAAAUAUCUGUGUAAAAAAUACAAAAAACCAUUCAUUCCCAUACACCACAUGGAGGCCCAUGCUUUAACGGCAAGAAUGACAGACAAAACUCUCCAAUUUCCCUUUUUAGUGCUCCUUAUCAGUGGAGGACACUGUCUGUUAGCUAUAGCAGAAACCGUGGAUAAGUUUUGGUUACUGGGUGAUAGUAUAGAUGAUGCUCCUGGCGAGGCAUUUGAUAAAAUGGCACGAAGAAUGAAACUACGAAACCUCCCAGAAUAUUCAACUCUUUCUGGUGGGCAAGCUAUAGAGCUGGCUGCAACUAAAGCCACUGAUCCUUUGCAGUUUAACUUUAAUAUUCCUAUGACAGCUUACAAGGAUUGUCAGUUUAGUUUUGCGGGCGUUAAAAAUGUUUGUACAAGGCAUAUUAUGUUACAAGAAAAGUUACACGAUGUUGCUCCUGAUGCUGUGAUACCAGACGUAAAUAAUCUUUGCGCCUCAUUUUUAUUAGUUAUUACUAGGCAUUUAUGUCAUAGAUUGCAAAGGGGAAUUGAGUAUGUUGAGAGGAAAGAGCUUAUACCACCAGAUAGGCGAACUUUGGUGGUUUCUGGUGGGGUGGCAUGUAACAAUUUCAUAGCAGAAGGUCUAAAACUAGUCUGUGACGAGUUCGGGUAUCAAUUAGUAAGACCUCCUCCUAAACUUUGCACUGAUAACGGUAUUAUGAUCGCAUGGAACGGCGUUGAAAGGUGGAAAGCAAACAAGGGUGUAUAUGAAAACUUCGAUGAUAUUGAAAUUGAAAAAACGUCCCCGUUGGGAGUGAGAAUAGUGGAUGAUGUGGCCAAAGAAAAUAUUUCCUGUAAAUGGGUAAAGCUCACCAAAUUGGCUAAACCUAAAAACGAAUGGGAUAGUUUUGAUAAGGCUAAAAGUGCAAAACUUAGCUCGUAGGAUGCAAAUAAAAAAUUUGAAAAAAAAAUAA